GUGGCAGUAAUGAUCACCACAGUGGGCCACCGUUACAAAAAAAAGAAAAACGUGGUGGGCUGAAUAAAGCAACCGGACUGUUGUUUCAUGACGAUUUUAUGUAGUGGUACUUUAUAUUCUGUUAAAGGGAUUAUUCCUGCUGUGUAAUCCAGGAAUCACAGCUUUCACCUGUAGCAAAUGAAGGAAAAUAAGGAGAACACCACUCCUACCAUUCAAAUAACCAAUCUGGACCACAUUAAGCCAUGCUGGUAUUGGGACAAGAAGGACUUGGCACACACUCCAUCCCAGUCCGAGGGCCUGGACCCGGCCACGGAGGCACGGUACCGCAGAGAGGGAGCCAGGUUCAUCUUUGACGUAGGAACUCGACUUGGGCUACAUUAUGAUACCUUGGCCACUGGAAUUAUAUACUUCCACCGCUUCUACAUGUUUCACUCUUUUAAACAGUUUCCAAGAUAUGUGACGGGAGCCUGCUGCCUAUUUCUGGCUGGAAAGGUUGAGGAGACUCCAAAGAAGUGUAAAGACAUCAUCAAAACAGCUCGCAGCCUGCUGAAUGACGUGCAGUUUGCCCAGUUUGGCGAUGAUCCGAAGGAAGAAGUUAUGGUGUUGGAGAGGAUAUUGCUCCAGACAAUCAAGUUUGAUUUGCAAGUGGAGCAUCCGUAUCAGUUUCUUCUUCGUUAUGCCAAACAACUGAAAGGUGACAAAAAUAAGGUGCAGAAGCUGGUGCAGAUGGCCUGGACGUUUGUGAAUGAUAGCCUCUGCACCAUGCUUUCGCUUCAGUGGGAGCCAGAGAUCAUAGCCGUCGCAGUCAUGUACUUGGCUGGUCGCCUGUGUAAGUUUGAUAUCCAGGAGUGGACAUCCAAACAGUCGUCUCGCCGUUGGUGGGAGCAGUUUGUACAAGACGUCCCUGUGGAGCUUUUGGAGGACAUCUGCCAUCAAAUCCUGGACCUGUACUCUCAGGGCAAGCAGCCAAUUCCACAGCAGCCCCAAAUGCAGGAGAAAGACAAGCCACAGCCUUCUCCUACAGGCCUGCUCAGUCAACCAAGUGGAAACCCUGUAGCUCUGCCACCAUCCAAGAAGAAUUCUCCUCAGGCCAGCCCCCCACGGCAACUAAAACGGCAACACCCGUCUCCAAAAGAAGAGCCAAAAGUUGCCACAGAGCAAGUUGGUUCUAAAAUCCCAAGACUGGAGAGCCCAAUGCCUCCCCUACCAGUUAACCAGCCUCCUGAUCGCAAACCCCCACCUUCAGCCCCUGCCCCUCCUACAGAAGCAGAGCCAGCAGCCUCUGCUGAUUCAGACUUACCAAAGGCCCCACCUCCACCCCAUGGAGCUCCGCCCCCUCUGCCUCACCGUCCGCCACCCCCGCCACCCUCCAGCUACAUAAUGGGCAUGUCCACAACCAGCUCAUACAUGUCGAGUGAGGGCUAUCAAAGCCUGCAGUCCAUGAUGAAGACAGACGCACCAUCCUACCCCCAUUUGCCACCCUCUUACGCAAUGCCUUACCACCCACAUGUUUACCCGCCUCCAAGUGCCCCUCCUCCAGGCCCACCACCACCUGCAUCUUAUCCUCCUCCCAAUCUUCCUCCACCCACUCCAUCCUACCCACCGCCAGGCUACAACCACAGCUACCCGCCGCCUCCACCGCGCAUGCCACCCCCGGGCAUGGCUUUACCUGCUGGGUAUCCGCCUCCACCAGUCCCUCCAGGGCAGCCGCAAGUGCCCAUGCCACCUGUCAUGCCACCGGUGGCAAGCAUGAACCGUGGAGCCUGGAUGAGAUGAAUGUCCUAGGCGAUAUGGAUAGAUGGACACGUGUCUAGUUCUAAAUAACAUUUUUCCGAACUUUGUGUUGUCUCAGGAAGAUAGAUCAGAACAAUCUUUUCACCCUGUUGUCAGUUUGACCUUUAAGUAGACAAAUGCAUGGUCAAGUUUUAGUAUACAUUUUGUCUAGACUCACUUGUAAGCAUCUUUGUAUGGCCAUAGAUUAAAUUAACUGUCGUCGUAGUCUAUAAGACUGGCAUCUCGUUCUAGGUGUGUCCCUGCCACGCCCUCCAGGAUAGGUUCUGAAUCCACUGUGAUCCAGAUCUUACUAACGGGAUUACUGAAGAUGAAUGAAUGGUCUGUAAAAUUGGUAUUAGAUGAGCCUUAAAAGGCAGCUUCAGCAGUCCCCCAGAGUGCAGUGUGUGUACUUAGCUCGGUGUGUAUCAGUAGGAUACGCUGUGACUCUUGGCUCCUAAUUAAUUAGAUUAAUUUUGACCACAUCAGAACCUGACCAAGAUUGUGAUUAUUUCAUUGAAGAAGAAAAAAAACCUGUUUCUUGUUCAGAAUCACACAUCCAUUCCAUACAACAAUAUGAAAAUUGUUUGGACCUUUUUUGAGAACUUUUUAAGAACGUCUUCUUUUCGACACCCUUUUGUGCCUGUUUUGCGAUAACAUUAGCUACAGUCGAAUGUGAGCGAAUUCUCAGAUGCAUCCACAGAACCACUGACGCAGUACGAGCGAACAUUUUAUGUAAAUACAUUUCAUGACUUCGAUCUUGACUAGAAACAUUUUAGUUAAUGAAUCUGCAAUGCGUGUACAUAUACAGCAGCUUUGGGAUUUAUUUUGCAUUUGAUGUAAUAAAAGUCUUUUUCCUCCACAAA